GUCCUUUGCAAACUCUUACUCACGACUGUAAACAGAAAAACUGUGCUUGGUUUUUGCGAGGACGUGUUGAGUGAAUGAAAGUGCAAUAAUCAGAAUUUUAGAAUAUAAAAACCGAAUAUGAGGAGGCGGGCUGGAGUUGGUGCUAUUCAAAAGCAGCGGUUAGAGGCAGAAAAGUACAAAGAUAAGGGAACCGAGCUGCAGGAUUCCCAAUUUGAACAAAUGGUGAAACAGAUGGAUGCAUUAAAGGAGAAUCUGGAAGAAUUCGCAUCCAAACAUCGAAACGAAAUCAAGAAAAAUCCCCAGUUCCGACGACAAUUUCAAGAAAUGUGUGCUGCGAUCGGUGUUGAUCCUUUGGCAUCAGCUAAAGGGUUUUGGAGUGUGCUCGGCAUGGGUGAUUUUUUCUACGAGCUUAGUGUUCAGGUUGUGGAAGUUUGCCUGGCGCAUAAUCAUGUUACAGGAGGGCUAAUGGAUUUGGAUGAAUUAAGAAAUAGAUUAGUAGCAGCACGUGGCAAAAGUCAAAUUCACCAAGAAAUAACUACCGAAGAUAUUCUGAUGGCAACCAAGAAACUUAAAAUAUUUGGAAAUGGUUUCACCGUUUACUCGGUGGGCAAAAAUCGCUACAUGGUACAAUCUAUUCCUGGGGAGCUCAGUCUUCAGGAAACUUCAGUUCUUGGUGCCGCUUCUAAUCAAGGACAAGGAUUUAUAACAGUGACAUCUUUAAUGGAGGACUUAGGUUGGACACAGCCAAGGGCUCAGCAAGCCGUAGAUAAAAUGCUUGGUGAAGGCAUGGCUUGGCUGGACACGCAAGGAGAAGAAAAGUCGUAUUGGUUUCCUAGUCUCUUCCCUGGCCGAUUUACGACUAAACCUUAAUAAUUGUGAUUGUCAUUCGAACAUAAUUUUUAUGUUGAUAUAAAUGUUUUAUUAAAA